AUGAGUGCUGGAGUGAGGGUGAGUGCUGGAGUGAGGGUGAGUGCUGGAGUGAGGGUGAGUGCUGGAGUGAGGGUGAGUGCUGGAGUGAGGGUGAGUGCUGGAGUGAGGGUGAGUUCUGGAGUGAGGGUGAGUGCUGGAGUGAGGGUGAGUGCUGGAGUGAGGGUGAGUGCUGGAGUGAGGGUGAGUGCUGGAGUGAGGGUGAGUGCUGGAGUGAGGGUGAGUGCUGGAGUGAGGGUGAGUGCUGGAGUGAGGGUGAGUGCUGGAGUGAGGGUGAGUGCUGGAGUGAGGGUGAGUGCUGGAGUGAGGGUGAGUGCUGGAGUGAGGGUGAGUGCUGGAGUGAGGGUGAGUGCUGGAGUGAGGGUGAGUGCUGGAGUGAGGGUGAGUGCUGGAGUGAGGGUGAGUGCUGGAGUGAGGGUGAGUGCUGGAGUGAGGGUGAGUGCUGGAGUGAGGGUGAGUGCUGGAGUGAGGGUGAGUGCUAGGGUGCCAGCAAGUGCUGGGGUUUGGGUCAUCAACAAAAUAUCCACCCUUUGGAACCCACCUUUCACUCCCUCACCUCAGAUCAGAUCGAUGAUCAGUACUGCACCAAGGAGUGUGGGGACGCCUGGUGCGUUUUCAAUGAUGACGACACUCAGGGGUGCGAGCACGUGUGCCAAGGAUUGUGAAACAGCCAAGUGCGUUGUGGAGGAGGGCAAGGCCCAGUGCAAGUGCCCCUCAGGCUUCGUGUUCAAUGAGGCUGAGAAGAUUUGCAGCAAUGGGUAUUAUACUCCUGCGGCAGACGCUUGUAAGGCUGGCACAGGGAAGUGCGGCAAGAACUCAAAGUGCGUUGUGAAGAACGGGCAUGGGAGUUGCGAGUGUGACACCGGCUACACCAAGAGGAGUGGCCUCUGCACUGGUGAGCUCAAGAGAUAA